AUGGGCUCCGUUCUCCUUCCUCACUUGCCUUCGGGCUGGCAUGUCGACCAAGCGAUCCUUUCGGAGGAAGAACGCGUAGUCGUCAUCCGCUUCGGCCGUGACCAUGAUCCGGACUGUAUGCGCCAAGACGAAGCGCUCUUCAAGAUCGCAGAGCGGGUCAAGAACUUCGCGGUCAUCUACCUAUGCGACAUCGACCAGGUGCCCGACUUCAACGCCAUGUACGAACUGUACGACCCGUGCUCCAUCAUGUUUUUUUUCCGAAACAAGCACAUCAUGUGCGAUUUCGGAACCGGAAACAACAAUAAGCUCAACUGGGUUCUCGAAGACAAACAGGAGCUGAUCGACAUUGUUGAGACGGUGUACCGCGGUGCUAAGAAGGGGAGAGGUUUGGUUGUGAGUCCGAAGGACUAUAGUACGCGGCACAAGUACUAG